AUGGUUUUGCCUAACGAUGUGUCAUAUUAUGGUUAUAAAUUUUGCGCCGAUCAUAAAUGGUUACAAGAAUCCGUAACAAGAAUCACGUCAGCUGGCGUAUGGAAGCGGUCUACAAAGAACAUAGUGCCAACGCUUUUCAAACUCUCGCCAUGGAGAUAA